AUGGAUGACGACGAUGCCGAUUACAUGCAGGGAAGCGAUGAUGAGGACUACGGCUUCGACUACUCGGACGGAGAUGAGGGAGAUGAGGGAGGCAGCGCUGAUGUCGAGAACAUGUACUACACCGCUAAGUCGAAGAAGGAGGACGAACCAGAACAAGCGUUGAAAGAGUUCCGAGCGAUAGUGGAGAAGGAGGAAGAGAAAGGCGACUGGGGUUUCAAGGCACUAAAACAAUCCACCAAACUCCUCUUCCUCGGCCUUCGAAGACCAGAAGAAGCCCUCAAAUCCUACAUCCAACUUCUCACCUACACCAAAUCUGCCGUCACUCGAAACUAUGCCGAGAAGACGAUCAAUGGAAUUUUGGAUUAUGUUGGUGGCGGAAAGGGAGGCAAGGUCGAGGUGGAUGUGUUGGAGAAAUUCUAUCAGGUCACGAAGGAUGCGUUAACGGAGGCUAAGAAUGACCGACUGUCAGUGAAAACGAAUCUGAAGCUCGCGAAGCUAUGGCUUGAUCGAAAGGAGUACAACCGGUUGUCGAAGCUCAUCCAGGAACUGUAUGACGCCACAGGAACUGGUACAGAUGGCGAAGAGCAGUCGCAGAAGGGGACACAACUGCUCGAAAUCUAUGCUCUGGAGAUUCAGAUGCACAACGAGACGAGAAAUUACAAGAAGCUCAAGGAAAUCUACAAUGCCUCGAAUAGUGUACGCUCAGCCAUCCCGCACCCACGGAUCAUGGGCAUCAUCAAGGAGUGUGGCGGUAAGAUGUGGAUGGGCGAGCGCCAGUGGAACAAAGCCAGCGAAGACUUCUUUGAAUCGUUCCGCAACUACGAUGAGGCGGGAUCGCCGCAGCGCAUUCAGGUCCUGAAGUACCUCGUGCUCGCGAAUAUGCUUACGGGAAGUGAGGUUAAUCCCUUUGACAGUCAAGAGACUAAACCGUACAAGAGUGAUCCACAAAUAACAGCCAUGACCGACCUUGUGGAUGCCUAUCAACGACGUGAGGUGCAUGCCGCAGAGAAGAUCCUGCGAGACAACCGCUCAACCAUCAUGGACGACAGUUUCAUCCGGUCGUAUAUCGGAGAGCUUCUCCGUAGUCUGCGUACACAGUAUCUCAUAGACCUCAUCAAGCCUUAUUCGCGUCUAGAGUUGUCCUUCCUCGCUCGGCAACUCAACGUAGAGAAAGACGAGGUCGAGGAACUGUUGAUUGAACUCAUCCUCGAGGGCAAGGUGGAAGGGAAGAUUGACCAAGUCGCCAUGCGACUUGAACUUGACCGGAAGCAAACUCUCGAGAAAAGACGAUACGGCGCUUUGGACAAAUGGACGGAGGCGCUCGAGUCUACCCAUUCGGCUGUUAUUGGGAAGAAUACCCCGAGCAUGGCAAGGGCGAUGGAAUAUUCAGAGCAUAUGGGCUUCCCUGGGCCAAUGGCAGCCAACUUUGACCGAUUCUGA